GCGGCCGCCGCAAGUCCCUCGCCUGCGACUGCGAGGCCCACGUCCUCGCGUGCCUCGCUGAGGCCUCCGCUGCCGUGGUCGAUUUCGCCGCGCCGUCGGCCACUGAAGCCCGAGGUCAUCUCAGAGCCGCGCAGCAACGCUCCAGUAGCGAUCCGAGCAGCGGCGCGCCGACCGCCGGAACGGAUGGGGUGGAUCUGGACUGUCUUCGCGGCGGGAGCCGUGCUCCUCUGGGCGAUCUCUCUGGGGCGGAUCCUGUCCUUCCCCGCGCCGACCUGCGUGCCCGCGAGCCCGCACUUCAUGCCCCCUCUUCGCGGCGACAGGAGGAGCCGGAACGUGCUGCUGGUCGUCGCCCACCCCGACGACGAGUCCAUGUUCUUCGCUCCAACUAUUCUGUUCCUCAAGUCAAAGGGUCACAAUAUUCACAUUCUGUGCAUGUCUCAAGGUAAUGCUGAUGGUCUUGGAAUUACUCGGAAACAAGAAUUGUACUGUGCCUGUGACACUCUUAAGAUUCCACGUGAACAAGUUAAAGUCUUGGACCACCCAAAAUUGCAGGAUGGAUUUCAUGAGAAAUGGGACCAUGGGCUAUUAGCAGAACUUACCAUGGAACAUAUCCAACUGUGGGCCAUCGACACGAUUGUGACAUUUGAUUCAUAUGGAGUAUCAGGCCACCCAAACCACCAAGAUGUUCAUCACGGCAUAUGCAAGUUUCUCCAUGCGAACGGGCAAGGAAGCAUUGAAGCUUGGGAACUUGCAAGCCUGAAUAUUCUUCGCAAGUACAGUGGUCCGCUCGACAUUUGGUUAUCAUCGUUGAUCUCCUUCUCAAGUUCAAAGCAACCAAUCUAUACGCUGGUUAACAAUAGUCCAUCCAGAAGUUAUGAGGCUAUGGCGGCACACAGAAGUCAGUGGAUUUGGUUUAGAAGAUUGUUUGUCAUGUUCUCAAGUUAUACAUACAUUAAUGUGCUACAGAAAGUUUAGCAUGGCCACAGGCAACUAUAAGCGAGCUUCUGAAGAAAAGUGUUGGUUCUGAGCGGGGACUUCAGAAACACAAUCGAGGUUGCACAAGAUUUUUUUUUUUAGAGUAGUUGCACAAGAAUUUAGGAAUGCUGGUGGCUCCUUGUCUUUUAUUAUCGAUUGUUUUCGUUGUACGCUGUCCAUAGUCAGUGCUCAUAGGGUGAUGUUCAUAGAACUCUUGAUCCCAAACUCUGUACUGUUUGCGUGGGUUGUUGAAGUUGAAAUACAGUCAAUCAGUAUUGCAGUAUGCUCACCA